ACGCGCCCAGACGCGAGAAGGAAACCACGUGACCUCGGACGCGCGGUCUGCGCCGCCGCGGGGCUUUUCCUCGCUGAGAGGUAGUGCUGCGUCGCAUCGGGGCUGACGUUGACAGAAUGACAGGAAUGGAGACUGAAACGGCGAGAGACAAAGCUGUGGAGGAAGAAAGCACUGAACAGAAGAAGGAGAGAGAGAAAAAGAAGAGGUCAAGGGUUAAACAGGUGCUCGCAGAUAUAGCGAAACAAGUGGAUUUCUGGUUUGGGGAUGUCAAUCUCCACAAAGACAGAUUUCUCCGAGAGCAAAUAGAGAAGUCCAGAGAUGGCUAUGUCGACAUAUCACUUCUCGUUUCUUUCAACAAAAUGAAAAAGUUGACGACUGAUGGAAAACUGAUAGCUCGAGCAGUUAAAAGUUCAUCUGUUGUAGAGUUGGAUUUAGAAGGAACAAGGAUCAGAAGACGCCAGCCGCUGGGUGAGCAACCGAAGGAUGUGGAUAGUCGUACAGUCUAUGUGGAGCUGCUUCCCAAAAAUGUCAAUCACAGUUGGAUUGAGCGGGUGUUUGGGAAGUGUGGUAAUGUAGUUUACGUCAGUAUACCCCGGUAUAAGACUAGUGGCGAUCCAAAGGGAUUUGCUUUUGUUGAAUUUGAAACUAAAGAGCAAGCUGAGAAAGCUAUUGAGUUUUUGAAUAACCCACCAGAGGAAGCACCUCGGAAACCUGGGAUUUUCCCCAAAACAGUAAAGAAUAAGCCUGUUCCCGCACUGAAUACAAGUAACAGCAGUGUAGUAGAAGAGAAGAAAAAGAAGAAGAAAAAGAAAUCUAAAAUCAAGAAAGAGAGCAAUGUACAGGCUGCUGUAGAGACAAAGGAAUCAAACACGAAUGCUACGACAGAGCAAGUACCCAAGUCAAAAAGACACAGAACUUCAUCGGAGUGUUCAGAAGUGGAGGUGACUGAGACUCACAGGCAGCCCUUAAAGAGAGAGAAAAGAAAAUGGGACAGAACAGAAAGCUCUGAGGCACCUUGGGAAAGCAGGCCAGGGAAGAGGAAAAGAACCAGUUCUGGAGGUGGUGAGACCUCAACUCCAAAAGUGAAGAAAACUGUCCAAAAGGAUGAAAUUGUUCCUGUAAAGGAAGAAACGACAGAAGCUCCAAAAGAUUCCAAUGAUGUUUCUGCAGAAGAUGACAAAGAUAAAAAAGACACAUCCCUUUCAAAAUCUAAAAGGAAACACAAGAAAAAGCACAAAGAAAGACACAAAAUGGGUGAAGAAGUCAUUCCACUCAGAGUGCUCUCCAAGACAGAAUGGAUGGAUUUGAAGCAAGAAUAUUUGGCCCUUCAAAAAGCCAGCAUGGCCUCAUUAAAGAAAACGAUGUCUCAAAUCAAACCUGAGCCUGCGGGAGAGAUGGAAAUGGAAUCUUAUGCCCAGAAAAAGCCUCAGCCUGAAAAUGGCAAAUCCGCCAGUGAAGACUCUGCCCCUCCUGCCAAGGGCAACACAAUGGGACCUCAGUUCGUGAGUGGAGUAAUUGUGAAGAUCAUUAGCACUGAGCCCCUGCCGGGCAGGAAGCAGAUCAAGGAUGCUUUGGCAGCACUGGCUGAUGUUGCUUAUGUUGACAUGCUGGAGGGAGACACAGAAUGUCAUGUCCGUUUUAAAACUCCUGAGGAUGCACAGGUUAUCAUGAAAUCAUACAAAGAAAUACAGAUCAAAAACAACUGGAAGUUUGAAGUUCUCGCUGGUGAUCACGAACAACGUUACUGGCAGAAGAUUCUAGUGGACAGACAAGCUAAACUUAACCAGCCCCGAGAAAAGAAGCGGGGUACCGAGAAGUUAAUUGCUAAAGCUGAAAGAAUGAGACUUGAAAAGACUCAACAAACAAGUAAACAUAUUCGCUUCACUGAAAAUAACUGACCAAGACUGAUUGUGCUGUUCAAAGUGAACUACGUAUUUAAAAACACCCAAACUCCACAAACCCCACUGCUUACAGCAACUAAACCUUUUCUAAGGAGGCAUAAAAACCUGAUUAAUUUGAUUCAUAAUUCUGCAGGCUGCAAGUGUGAAGAUUGUUCUGAAUCCCAUUUGGAAGUAGGCUGAAUGUUUACUGCUUCUGCGCCUGUAGGUAAAGCUUUCUGGAAAAAAAGAGUGUUAUGAGAUGUUGCUUUAGUUCUGGUUUUGGUUUUGGGGUUGUUUUUUGGUUUGUUUGUUUGGUUUUGGGUUUUUUUGUAUGUUGAAGUUUUAUACACUAGGUUAUGAAAUAAAAUGCUUGAGAAAUUUUCAGUUGUGCAUCUUUAAUUCUGCACUCUGCUUUAUGACACUAUAAAUAAUAAACCUGGUUAAUGCCAAAUAUAAACCUCCCUAGGGCCUCUGUUUAGUCCAUCACACUGUUGAGAAUUACAGUAGAAUGAGUAUAUAACCUUUGUGUAGCUUUCAGUGGCUAGGACUGUCAGCAAAUCUGUCAUUGAGAAGUCUGGAAGAAAAUCUACUUGUGUGAAGUGCACACUAAACUGUCUGUAGGCAUUUCUUUUCAGAAGAAUCUUCGGGGGAGGAAAUGAGAAACCUUUUGUGUGUUACAUCUGGUAACUGUAGCUCCAGAACUAAUUCUGACUUACAGAUAAGUGUUGAAGUUGUGUAGUGCACACGUUAAGCUGGUGACCUCAAUGUGCCUUGAAGUAUUUCAUUGUAGACUGGCAGUAUUUCAAAAACAAAAAGCCAAAUAAAAAACUCCUAAAGAUAAAAUUAGAAUAAUAGCAAAGGUUAAACUUAAUGUAUGACGAAGUGUGCUGUUAGAGAUCUCUCCAUUAAUGUAAAGAUAAAUUUACAUGUUUAUUUGUGAGAUCGUCUUAGUGUGUUUUAUUGCAGGGCAAAUGAGAUGCUAACACAUUGGUUUAUGAAAGUGUGAAACUUCCUUAUAAAUAGAAAGAUGAGCAAGUUAUUUGGAAACUAGAAGUACAUUCCUAAAAUACCAUCAGAGGCUCUUGAAGGAAAACUCACAUGACACUGUAGGUGGUUUUGCAGCUAUAGCUUUUUCUGAUAAGGUAGAUUGACAUUUUUUAAUUCUAUGCUAUCAAAUUACUGGAGCAGUGGAGGUAUUUUAAUGAUAUAUGUUAUAAUAAAGUUUGGUGACCCUGGUGUAUUUUUGCUAAGAAAAGAAUCUGCACUAUUUCUCCUGAAUUCUUGAAAGCAGUGUGGAUAUAAUAGGUAUGGUGGUUUUGAAGUUGGGGAGAACAGGAGCCAAAGGAGGAAAGAAAAAUGGGAAAAAAUAUAUUUCAAGAGAUGAUAGCAAAGCAUAUGAAUUGUAAUGAAACUAUCCAAGCUAUAAAUAAUGUAGAGAAGCAGCACAGUGAGAAUGGAGGAGUGUUCAUGGAGCACCAUUUAUGUGCUGGUACUUGUGGUUUAGCAAGUGCUGGGAACUGUUUACUUGGACGGUCCAUAAGCUCAGGUAGCACCAAGUCUCUCUCGUUCGCUCCCACAAGAUUGGGAUCAGGAUCCGAGCCACCAGCAGACGGCAUCCCUCUCCUGGGGCCGUGAGGGAGGAAUGGAGAGGAUUAGCACGAGUCAAUGGGGAGGGUAUAGCGGUGAUCAGGAUAAAGAUAGUGGAAAUACGGAGGGGAAAAGUGCAA